GACUCAUCACGUCCUGCUCUGCACCAUGGGGAAGGACAGGCUGCUCAUCAAACCAAACAUCUUCCUCCUUCUCCUCUUCUUCCUUCCUGGAGACACCUCGCCCGCCACAGAGCCGCAGUACAUGGUGCUACUGCCCUUUCUGAUACACACUGAUUCUUCUGAGAAAGUCUGUGUGCAGCUGACCCACCUGAAUGAGUCUGUGACACUGAGCACCACACUCGAGUAUCAAGGGGAAAACAGGAGCUUGAUUGAUGACGUAGUGUCGGAGAAGGACGUGUUCACCUGCAUCCCUUUCUCUCUACCAAAAUCAAAUAGCCCGUCACCCGUCACAUUUAUCACUGUGACAGUGAAAGGGGCGACCCUGCAGUUCAGGAGCCGCAAGUCGGUGCUGGUCAAGAAUUCUGAGAGCUUGGUCUUCGUCCAGACAGACAAACCCAUCUACAAGCCCGGACAGACAGUCCUGUUCAGAAUUGUUUCUCUGGAUAACAACUUCCGUCCCCUGAACGAGGUGUUCCCUCUGGUCUAUAUUGAGGACCCAAAGAAAAACCGUCUGUACCAGUGGACAAAGGCAGAGUUAAAGGGGGGUUUAAUCCAGCUGUUCUUCAACCUCACGUCUGAACCUAUGCAAGGGACCUACACAGUGGUGGCACAGAAGGCCUCUGGGAAGACAAUUCGGCAUCCUUUCUCUGUGGAGGAGUAUGUGCUGCCAAAAUUCGAAGUAACAGUGAAAAUGCCCAAGGUGAUCACCAUUCUUGAUGAGAAGCUGCAGGUGACAGUUUGUGGUCUAUACACAUUUGGGAAGCCUGUUCCUGGCCUCGUGAGCUUCCGUGUCUGCCGGAAGUUUGAACAUGCGGCCACCAGCUGCUAUGGUGAAGAGGCUAAGGCAGUGUGUGAUGAGUUCUCUGGACAGGCAGACAACUAUGGUUGCAUUUCUGAAGUGGUAAAGACCAAGUUAUUCCAGCUCAAGAGAAGUGGAUAUGAGAAUAAGCUCCAUGUGGAGGCUAAGAUUAAAGAGGAGGAGACAGGAGUGGAGUUGACUGGAACAAGCUUCUCUGAGAUCACAACCACCAUUAGCAAAAUCACCUUUGAGCAUUCAGACUCCCACUACAAACCUGGAAUCCCCUUCUUUGGGCAGGUGAAACUGGUAGAUGGGUCUGGUGCUCCAAUCGCCAAUGAAAUUGUGAGGAUUUCUUUACAAGGAGGCCAGGAAAACAACUACACAACGAAUGAAGAGGGCAGGGCAUGGUUUGCCCUGAACACUUCCAUGUUGUACUUCGAUUCUGUUGGAGUUAGGGCAACUCAUAAAGUACGCUCCUUCUGCUAUGACCGUUCCUGGGUUGUUCCAUAUUAUGAAGAAGGCUAUCUCCAACUAAAGCGCUUUUACUCUCCUAGUAAUAGCUUCCUUAAAAUUGAGCCCAAGUCCGAGACACUAAGCUGUGGCUCCUCCACAGAGAUCCAGGUGCACUAUAUUCUUACUCCAGAGGCUGUAGGAGAGCAGAAGAAAAUCAUCUUUUACUACCUGGUGAUGGCCAAGGGAAUCAUUAAGCAAGCAGGCACCCACAUUCUGGAUUUGAACCAGGAAAGCGCCAAGGGGGCCUUCUCGCUACAGCUGCCUGUACAAGCUGAUAUUGCUCCAGUGGCCCACGUGCUUGUCUACACCACUGCCCCCAGCAGGGAGGUGAUCGCUGAUUCAACCAAGUUUGAUGUAGAGAAGUGUUUCAGCAAUAAGGUGGACUUGAGCUUCUCUCCUUCUGAAGGCCUGCCUUCUUCUGAUGCUCACUUGCUGUUCAGAGCCUCCCCAAACUCCCUCUGCGCUGUCCGUGCUGUGGACAAGAGCGUUCUCCUCAUGAAGCCAGAAGCUGACCUGUCACCCAGCUCUGUGUACAGCUUGCUGCCAGUGAAGGAGCUGCGUGACUAUCACCAUGGUCCAGACCUGUUCUUGGAGGAGCCCCUGGAGAACUGCAUACCCUUGAAGAAGAUAGUUCUGAAUGGGAUCACCUAUUCUCCAGUAGUGGAGAUGAACGAAGAGGACACAUACAGCAUCCUAAAGGAAUUGGGUUUAAAGGUUUUCACAAAUACCAAGGUGAGGAAACCUUGGUAUUGCAGCACUGAGAAUCCCAUGCCUGCAGCAGUCCACUUUGCAUCACCUUCAGUCAUUCCGGGAGUGUCUAUGCAUGCAAUGAGGACAAGCGGCCCUCAGGCAAAUAGAUUUUAUGACAAGUUAAGCACACCUGAAGAGCUGACGGAGACAGUCCGAAAGUAUUUCCCAGAAACUUGGAUUUGGAGUUUAGUAUCUAUAAGCUCUGAGGGAAACGCUGAUCUAGAUGUGACCAUCCCUGACACCAUCACCGAGUGGAAAGCUAAUGCGUUCUGCACUUCGGCAGACACGGGCUUUGGCCUGUCCCCGACAGUGUCCCUCAGAGCCUUCCAGCCCUUCUUUGUAGAGCUUACCAUGCCCUACUCUGUAGUGCGUGGUGAGUCUUUCACGCUGAAAGCCACCGUUUUCAACUACCUGACCACCUGCAUCAGGGUCAGUGUGACUCUGGCUCAGUCUACUCAUUUCCUGGCUACUCCGGUGCAAAAGGAGGAAGAAUCUCAUUGUCUCUGCGAGAACGGGAGGAAAACUGUGGCUUGGCUGGUGACUCCCAAAUCUCUAGGGCAGGUGGAGUUCUCGGUGAGCACUGAGGCGCUACAGAACCAGCAGCCCUGUGGGAACACCAUUGUGGAGACCCCUGAGAAAGGGCGGAAGGACACGGUCAUCAGACAACUGCUGGUGGAGCCUGAAGGAGUUGAGAAGGAAACAGCCCAGAACUCUGUGCUCUGUGUAAAAGGAGUAACUGUGAAAGAGAAGUUUUCCCUGUUGCUUCCCUCAAAUGUGGUACAGGACUCAGGCAGAGCAUAUUUCUCAGUGCUGGGUGACAUUAUGGGCACUGCCAUGCAGAACCUGCAUCAGCUCCUCCAGAUGCCAUUCGGCUGUGGGGAGCAGAACAUGGUCCUGUUUGCACCCAACAUCUAUGUCCUGGACUAUCUGAACAAGACAGGGCAGCUGAGUGAGGAGGACAAAUCCAAGGCCAUUGGCUACUUAGUGAGCGGUUAUCAGAGGCAGCUGAACUACAAGCACCCAGAUGGGUCUUACAGUACCUUUGGACCACGUUAUGGCCAACCGGGGAACACCUGGCUCACAGCCUUUGUGCUCAAGUCCUUUGCCCAGGCCCGGCCUCACAUCUUCAUAGAUGAGAAGCACAUCCAGGAUGCUUUGGUCUGGCUUUCCUACAAACAGAAGGAGAAUGGCUGUUUCCGCAGUUCUGGGACACUCCUGAACAACGCCAUGAAGGGUGGAGUGGACAACGAGGUCUCACUGACGGCCUACAUCACUAUCGCAUUGCUGGAGAUUCCUCUGCCUGUAACCCACUCAGUGGUCCGUAACGCUCUCUUCUGCCUGGAGACAGCAGCAAAUGAGAAAGAAAACCAUGUGUACACCAAGGCACUGAUGGCAUACGCCUUCGCCCUGGCAGGGAAGCAAGACAAGCGGAAGGCAUUGCUUGCCUCACGUGAAAAGGAAGCUGUGAAAAAGGGUGAGUGCUCCUGCCGGCUGCUGCUCCAGCGCGUGCCCCUGCCCCAGGUGCCAGGGGAGUACAGCACGGAGGUGUCUGGCGAAGGAUGCGUCUACCUGCAGACAAGCCUGAGGUACAACGUGCAGCCCACGCAGGAGGAUGCACCCUUCAUGCUCCAUGUGUACACGAUGCCAGAGACAUGUGCAGACCCCAAGGCUCACAGGGUCUUUGACAUAGGCAUAAAUGUCAGUUACACUGGGGAGCGCAAUGGCUCCAACAUGGUGAUUGUUGAUGUGAAGAUGCUGUCGGGAUUCAUCCCUGUGAAGUCCUCUGUGAGGAAGCUGGAAGGCCACCCUGUUAUUGAGCGCACAGAGUUGAGUACCAACCAUGUCCUAGUGUAUCUGGAAAAGGUGAGUGUCUAUGAAUUUGCCACGCAGGAGUACAGCGCUCCCUGCACCGCAGCCAAGGCUGAAGAGGGAAAUGCCUGA